UGGUUUGAUAGCAAAAUGCCUAUUCCUCAACAAGUUUUGGAGCAACUGUUUGCUAGUAUAGCAAAGGGUGACCUGAACAAGCUCAUUGCUUUACUUAGAAAACAUCCGCAAUGUGUUAGUGCUACUGAAGAGGAAGGUAUAUCUCUACUCCAUUAUUCUGUAUUGCAAGAUAGACCCGAGAUUGUUAUAUACCUUUCCAAUAAUCCUGACUGUCUACUAACCCCACAAGACAAGCACUAUAGCCACACGCCUCUACAUAUGGCAUGUCUACACGACAAUCACAGGAUGGUCCAACACCUUUUGACAAAGCUGACCACAGACGAAGUGAACAUGCAAGAUAAAUUUGGUUGGACUCCACUGCAUCAUGCAGUGAGAGUAGGCAAUGCUGACAUUUGUAGGACAUUGAUAAAAUAUAGAGCCAAGCCUGACAUUAGAAAUGAACUUGGUAAGACUCCAUUGCACUAUGCUGCACAGCACGGGUACCUUGAUAUAUUGAAGGAGCUCUAUGAACUGGUGACACUAGCAGUCAUUGUCCCUCUACCUAGUGAAUGUUUUGCUCUACCAGUACUUACUUUGCUUCAUUUAUCAGCUCUCAAUGAUCAUGGCUCUGUUGUCAACUGGUUACAAGAGCAGCAGUAUCCUCCUAAUGUCAAAUGUCUAAGAGCCUUGCAUCAAAAUGGAGAGUCCACACAAGAAGAACUGCCUGAAGACACUGCUCUUGCAAGAGGUCAUCACAAUCUAAAAUCAGUUCUACACUCAUACAGACAACAAUAUGAGUCAUGGAUGCACGAGAUUACCAGUGGCCAUGCUCACCUUGAGCAUAUAAAGCUCUCACUCUUCGGUCCGUCCAAUAGCGGUAAAACCUGUUUGAGAGACUCGUUAGAACGGAGUACCCUCCAGCUGCUACUGGGACGAGAGAGCGAGGCCCCACAAGAGGAAGGAGAGGGAGGAGGAGGAAAGAAGAGACAUACUUACGGGAUCGAAAUUAGAGAUUUAAAAAUAUCCGGUGGCAACGAGACCUAUCACGUCUGGGAUUUUUCCGGAGACCUUGGUUCCUACACGUCUCACUCUCAUUUCCUCAGCACUGGUCACACCAUAUACACGCUGGUACUAGACCUGAGCCAGCCUUUACCUCAGAUACGCUCGGAUGCACUCUAUUGGUUAGGGCUCAUCAAAAUGAGGAACCUUGGUAAGAGAAUACCAUACCAACACAGGGAGAGGCUAGAUACAGCCAGACUCUCUCCAAAGGUACAGCAAAAGGUAGUCAAGGGAGGCACUCUAUCCAGAUUAAGGACAGUCUCUGUACCUGCUGUUACCAAGUUCCGUUCUCGUCUUUAUAGUUCUAGUUUUGGUGGGUUCUCGGCCUCUUUGAAACCCAAAAUGUCUCGUUCAACUUCUCCUUCUCGCUUGAGUCCACUCAGCCCAUCUCAAUCCUCUACUCUAUUACCAGGUGUAUCUCCUCAUGAUGUUCCUAUCUCUUUUCCCUCUCCUCAUCUCUCUCCCUCUUCCCCUCUCUCCCCUUACUCUGAAGUGGGGGACCUACCAGCCUGGUCCACUGUCCCGGUUAUUGUUGUUGGCUCUCAUUACGAUCUUUUGUCUGAGAAACUUCGCUCUGAAGUCAUUCAGAAUCUUGAGGGUUUUUUUAGCGAAAUGGCAUCAAAGUUUUAUCCUUUUCUUGAGCUCCUUCCACGCGUCAUACACAUGAACUGCGUGAAGCCGACCAGCUCUGAUAUCAAACUGUUAAAGGAACAAAUUAGUUUGUUUAGAGCUGUACAAACUGAAAGUGAACAAGUGUAUCCACUUAUUUUUGAUAAAGUUAUUAAGAAAAUUGAAUCGAUAAAACAGCAAUCACCAGAAAUGAAGGUCAUGGAAUUUAAUGAAUUUUGUCUCAUGAUACAGUCGAAUGUCAACAAGCUCCUCUCUGAUCAACAGAUUACCUAUAUACUCAAGUGUAUAUCUGACACUGGAGUGAUUACGUAUAUUGAUCACGGCCCCCUUGGUAAGUGGGUCUUUCUCGACUCAUCCUGGCUCUGUCAUGAUGUACUAGGCCACGCCCUAGCCCCGCCCACACAUCCAAACGCUCCUCUAAGAGAAUACAAGACUCAUUUUCUCACCGAGGAACAGAUAGUCGAAGCCUUUCCACAUCUUUCCUUUAAUCACUACUAUCGGACGCUUUUUCUCGAGUUACUGUGUCACUUUGAAGUUUGUGCCAAGUCCAAGUCAACCCAUCAGUAUGUGUUCCCAGCCCUAGUCGGACCCGAAGCUGACCAAUCAGAUUGGACGAAAAUGUCAAGCCCUGUUCCUUAUGUUGGGCGUCGUCUGGUCGUCAUGGAUACCAAUGAGUUCUUCCCAUUGGGGUUUUUCCCUCGUCUACAGGUACACAUAGUUUCCAUGACGACCAUGAAAGACAAGACUAGUCUCUACAAAGAUCACUUAAUCAUUGAUUCGUCUCAAUAUCAGAUACUCAUUAAGAUCGCUAUCGAUGGAUCUUCAAUCGAUCUGAUUGGUCGUUUGAAAGAGGGGGUGGAGGCUCACUUAGGUGGUAACAGGUGCAUCCAGUCAAUAGAUUACAUUCAGGGUAUCAUUAUAAAGCUGAUGAGGCUCAUAGUGCCUGCUGUGUUCCUUCAAUGGCUCACUCUUAGCUCAAAAGAUCUAGCGAACCAUUCUCCUUCACCGCAUUCGUUUCAUUCUUCAGAGAUAGCUGAUGUACUGAAGGAUGGUAGGAGUCUAUGGAACGAAGGAUCUCAAGUCCUUGAGAGUGUAGAGUCCUUACUGUUCUUCAAUAGCAGCAGGGUGAUGAGCUCCUUCACUGGUAGAGGAUGCUACGUGACAUUCAUACAAGAUGAGAUAUUAUCUAAAAUUGAUAACCUCCUCAGCGAAGAUGAUGAACAACCUGGUUGGACUGCACUAGCUAAACAGCUCAAUCUCUCUGAGUACAUUGACAUACUCAGGAGUCAAGAGGAGCCCAGCAAGAAACUUAUCCUCAAAUGGGGAGAGAAGCCGCGAUGGACAGUUGAUAGUUUGUUCUAUGCACUUCAAGAGAUAGGAAGAGUUGAUGCUUACAAUUUAGUGAGGGCAAGAAUUGAUAAAAAAUAUUCAGCUAAUCAAGUUACAAAUUAAUCAAUUAUUAUUAUUAUUAAUUGUAUCAUAGUUUGAAUUGUCCCUUAAAAAUAUUAACUAUCCUAUAAUAAUAAUUAUUAUUAUAACAAUAGACAAUCAAUAAUAAUUGUGAAUUCAAACAAAAAUUGUUACUUA